CACAGUAAAGCGUGGCCGCGGCUCCUCCCCCAACAGAGCUAGUCAGAGCUUCGCUACUGCUAACUGAACUGCGGACUACAGCAGGGAGGCUGUUCUUUGGCUCCUUACUAGUAGGUGGAAGUUGCAGUGUUGCACUAACACGAAGGCCUUUUUUGAGCAUAUUGUCGACUACUGCUGCCAUACCUAAGGAUUAUAAUUUGAAGAAACUGCGAGUUUGGCCGUGAAGCUGUUAAACUGAUAGCUAAUCAAGCCUCUAACCUUGGGCUGCGGUGUUCUGUCGAUAAAAUCAGAGACGGGCUUUCUUGAAACUUGGAAAUCAAUGUCCGAGAAGAGUUCAUCGUCCGGUUCGGAUGAGGACGUGGACCCAGAAUCCGGGCAGCCUGUGGAGUUCGGAGGAGUUUUAAGCAAAUGGACGAAUUAUAUACACGGAUGGCAGGACCGAUGGGUUGUGCUAAAAAACAACACACUGAGUUACUACAAGUCGGAGGAUGAACGGGAGUACGGCUGCAGAGGUUCCCUGUGCCUCAGCAAGGCUGUCAUCACACCUCACGAGUUUGACGAGUGCCGUUUUGACAUCAGCGUGAAUGACAGCGUUUGGUACCUCAGAGCAGAGGAUCCUGAGCACAGGCAGGAGUGGAUCGAGUCCAUAGAGCUGCAUAAGGCUGAGUCUGGAUACGGUUCAGAAACGAGUCUGAGGCGUCAUGGUUCCAUGUUGUCUCUCACUUCAGCUGCUAGUGCCUUGUCUUCCACUUCCACAUCCUCCUUCAAGAAGGGCCACAGGCUCCGCGAGAAGCUUGCAGAAAUGGAAACUUUCCGGGACAUUCUGUGCCGACAGGUGGACACUCUUCAAAAGUAUUUUGACUCCUGUGGUGAUGCGGUUUCCAAAGAUGAAUUUCAGAGAGACAGAGUUGUGGAGGAAGAUGAAGAUGAAUUUCUGACCACUACAAGACCCGAAGGUGAACACAAUCACAACAACAACGGCAGCAAAGAGAAAUUGUUUUCUCCGGCCAGUCCCAAAGUUAUUAACGGGAUUGACUUCAAGGGAGAAGCCAUCACCUUUAAAGCCACCACUGCUGGCAUCCUGUCCACUUUGUCUCACUGCAUCGAGCUGAUGGUCAAACGAGAAGACAGCUGGCAGAAGAGACUCGACAAGGAGUUGGAGAAGAGGAGGAGGGUAGAAGAUGCCUACAGAUGUGCAAUGAACGAACUGAAGAAAAAGUCCCACUAUGGAGGCCCAGACUAUGAGGAGGGGCCCAACAGUUUGAUCAAUGAGGAUGAAUUUUUUGACGCGGUGGAAGCCGAGCUGGACCGACAGGAUAAAAUCGAAGAACAGUGCCAGUCGGAGAAAGUCAGGACACCGCGACCGCCUCUGGUUUCUCCUGCUGAUGUCUUUUCCGCCAUCAGUACACACCGAUUUGCAGACAAGGUGGAGGACAUGGUGCAGAAUCAUAUGACUUAUUCUCUUCAGGACGUGGGUGGAGAUGCCAACUGGCAGCUGGUAAUAGAAGAAGGAGAGAUGAAGGUUUACAGGAGAGAAGUGGAGGAGAACGGCAUCGUCCUGGAUCCUCUUAAAGCGACUCACGCUGUCAAAGGCGUAACGGGACACGAGGUCUGCCACUACUUCUGGGACACAGACGUUCGAAAUGACUGGGAAACCACCAUUGACAAUUUCAACGUUGUGGAAACACUGUCCGAUAAUGCCAUCAUUGUUUACCAAACGCACAAGAGAGUGUGGCCCGCCUCUCAGAGGGACAUUCUCUAUCUGUCGGCCAUCAGGAAGAUUCUGGCGACAAACGAAAACGAUCCUGACACAUGGCUGGUGUGCAACUUCUCUGUCGACCAUGACAAGGCUCCACCCACAAACCGGUGUGUUCGUGCCAAAAUCAAUGUGGCCAUGAUCUGCCAAACGCUGGUCAGCCCACCAGAGGGCGACAAAGAGAUAAGCAGAGACAACAUCCUCUGUAAGAUCACAUAUGUUGCCAAUGUAAACCCUGGAGGCUGGGCUCCUGCUUCAGUCCUGAGAGCCGUCGCCAAGAGAGAGUAUCCCAAGUUCCUCAAACGUUUCACCUCCUACGUUCAGGAAAAAACAGCUGGGAACCCCAUCCUCUUCUGAACACUAAGAGGGAUGAUGCCCUUCAUUCAACACGCUGUCAGAAACCACAUGGCCCACUCGCCUUUCAUUGACACAAAUCUCCAGCAGGACUGCAUACGAUCAGGACGUCCCCGAAGAUGAGCGAGCCUUUAACGCCUCAGUAGUUUCCACCCCAGCUGCAUCUCACUGGCUGCCUCCAUCUCGUGGCCAUGAAAGUGCAUUAAUAGUCAGUUCAAGAGUUUUUGAAGAAGUCUUUGAAAUGUUAUUGAUUUGUUGUUGUUUUUUUCUCCUCUUCUUUCUUUUGUAAAUUGUUUUGUACAUUUCUUAUGAUUACCUACUUCUGGACUUUUUUGGGUGUACUUUAAUCACUAGUAUUAUAGAUACUUUUUUUUUUGCUGCUGCUAAAGUAAACUACCACAAGAGAGGAGCAGCUGCCCACUGUUUCCGCCUUUCUUGCCUUGGCCUGCCCUUCUUGUGACGACUCUUUACUGUUCGAUGGGGGGGUCAGAGCUCACAGCUUUGAAAUCUUUAUAUUUCUAGAUUGUUCUAAGCUAGUUUUUCGGAGAGCACAUAGACACAAUGUAUUGUACAGAGAGUAACUUUUCAGUUAGUUUACCAACAUGACAAAUGUGAAUCGACUGUUAAACGCUUGAAUCUGAUGUCAGCAAUUAGCUGGGGCAGUGGGGAUUGAGAGACUUUGCUUAUUAACUCUUCUUGGAUUUGUUAGUUGUUGUUGUUUUUUUUAUAUAAAUGCUAAACUGAUAAUAUGGCCAACUGUGGUCUGAAGAUGCUAAGUUGCGAUCAUCAUUUGUCUGUAACCUCCAGCUCAGUGUUUCAGGUGGACAUUUGCAUAUGGUCAGCCUCGGUGUGCGAUGGGAGGAUUCCUCUCCUUCGUUGAGAGAUAAUCAGAUCCACUUUUACACACCAGUUGUUUUGUUUUGGGGUUUUUUCUAAAUUGUUUGCUAGGCACUGAAAGCCAUCUCCACGUGUCGAGUUUGAAAACGAGAUAUGCCUUUUGUGCAACAGAAGUGGGAUUAUUAACGGAUGGGAAGUAUAUCAUUCACAUCUUCAGCUCUCGGUUGUGGAGAAUUUACAUUUCACACACCACACUGCGGUGCAGCGGCAUCCUGCUAUUUGACUGAUAAAUGAACCACCCCCAGAAUGCCUUAGACACCAGGGUGACCCUUAAGACGUUCUAGAUUUCUCUACAGCCACCAGACGUGCAUUUAUCAACUCUGCAUUGGAACUGGGGGGGGGGAGUGAUGUGAUGGGUCGACAUUUCACGUCAUUGUACCUCAUGACUUUUAGAUUGUGUUUAACGCCUGCAAGCGUUGGGAGAUUUUCAAUCAGCUGGGAAAUUUGCCCGCAGAUUUAAUAAUCUUGGAGCUCAGAGGUUUGGAACGGUUCUGGAUUAUUGUUUUUGCUGACAACACAAGAUAGAUUAACAUGUUAUAUCAUCUGAAGAAUACAGUUAGUGUUUUUAAUUGUAUUUUGUCAGCAAUCUACAGACUUUGUAUAUUUCUAAGUUGUACAUCUGAAGUGUUAUUAUUUGCACUAAGUGUAUUUGCAUUUGACAAUGUUCUGUAAAGUAAAAUUAUUACACAAGAGCUGAAUAAAAGUGUACUGUUUAUGGAAAGUAA